CAGAUAAAUAGAGAGAUAACAAAUAGAUAUAAUAUGUAUAUAGAAGAGAUUAUAUUAGAUGGAUUCAAAUCCUAUGCUAAACGUACAGUUAUAAGUGGAUUCGACCCAACAUUCAACGCUAUAACAGGCCUGAAUGGUAGUGGCAAGUCAAAUAUACUUGAUUCAAUCUGCUUUGUAUUGGGUAUUACAAACAUCUCCCAAGUGCGUGUAAACAAUCUACAGGAACUGGUAUAUAAGCAUGGCCAGGCCGGCAUCACCAAGGCCAGUGUGUCAAUCGUAUUCAACAACUCGGACACAGAAUCGUCACCCGUCGGCUACGCACACUGCGAGAAGAUCACGGUCACGCGUCAGGUGGCCAUCGGUGGCAGGAACAAAUACUUGAUCAACGGCAUCAAUGCCCAAGCCAACCGUGUUCAGAACCUGUUUCACUCGGUGCAGCUCAACGUCAACAAUCCGCACUUUCUCAUCAUGCAGGGCAGAAUCACAAAGGUGAUCAACAUGAAGCCGCCCGAGAUCCUGUCCAUGAUUGAAGAGGCGGCUGGCACCAGAAUGUUCGAGGUCAAGAAGAUGUCUGCUCUACAAACCAUCGAGAAGAAACAGAAGAAGGUCGAAGAGAUAACAAGAAUACUGGCAGAGGAGAUCACACCAACACUUGAGAAGCUAAAGAGUGAGAGAAGUGACUACCUAAAGUUCACGAAUAGUAACACAGAAUGCGAGAGACUUGGCCGCUUCGUCAUUGCUUAUGAAUAUACGAUGGCCAAUCAAACCGUGCACAAUCAGACAAACGUGACUGACGAGCUCAACAACAAUCGCAAACAACUGCAACAGGAGCAGCAAGAGCUGGAGGCCGAGAUCGAGGAGCUGAAGAAGCAACUGAAGAAGUUUGAGAAGAAGGACAAGGAGCUCGACAUCUCGGGCCUGGAAGAGCAGUGCGACAGACUGGCCACCACUAUGUUCAAGAACCAGUCGUCCAGGGAUCACAAGCGCGAGGAGCUGGAAAAGGAGCGCAACAGCAUCACAGGUCUGGGCCAGGCUCGCACCGAGCUGAUGGCCUCCAUCGCACAGAAGAAGAAGGAGAAGGAGACCCUCAGCGCCAAGAUUGCGCACAUUGUCGACGAGAACACUGCACUUGGCGAGAAGCUCAAGACCACUCAGAAGAAGUUGAACGACUUCACGGCCGGUAUCACCGACGGCGGAGACACUGAGAACGGCUCGUUCACCGAGCAGCUGAUGGAGGCCAAGCGUGUGGCCGUCAAUGCUGCCAGCGAGCACAAGCAGGCCGAGGUCCGUCUGAGCCAUCUGACGGGCGAGCUGACACAGAAGCGUGCUCUGGCCUCCAAGGAGACCAGCGAUCACAAGAGAAUGCAGGAGGAGCGCACCACCGUCGCCAAGGACGUCGACAAACUCAAGAAGGAGGUCAGCUCACUGGAGAAGAACAACGAGCGCGAGCAAGAGCUGCAGAACAGGAAGCGUGUCUUGGAGCCAAGCGUGUUUGAGAUGCAGGAGAAGGUCGGCAUGCUGUCUGCCCAACUGUCUGGCAUGGAGUUCACCUACACCGACCCUAGCAAGGGCUUUGAGCGAUCCAAAGUCAAAGGUGUCGUUGCCAACCUCAUCACCCUUCGUGAUCCCGAGACCGCCACAGCACUGGAGAUCUGUGCCGGUGGCAAGUUGUACAAUAUUGUUAUUGAGGACGAGCAGACUGGCAAGGCAUUGCUGGCCAAGGGCGAGCUGAAGAGGAGAGUGACAUUCCUGCCACUGAAUAGGAUCGAGAACAGGACGAUCGAGCCACAAAAGAUCAAGAGCGCAGAGAAGUUGGCCGGUGCCGACAAUGUCAAGCCAGCCAUCAACUUGAUCCAGUAUGACAAGCCACUGCAGAACGCCAUGAACUUUGUCUUUGGCACAACGUUCAUUGCCAAGGACAAGAAGUACGCCCAGCAGGUGGCCUUUGACAACUCGAUCAGGACCAAGACAAUCAGUUUGGACGGAGACGAGUACAAUCCAUCUGGUACAUUGACGGGAGGCUCGCGUCCAUCGUCUGGCUCCAUCCUGACACACAUCAAGAACCUGAAUGAGAUGCGCGCCAAACUGUCCGAGCAGCACGGCGAGCUGCAGGAGGUCAACACCAGCCUGGCCCAGAUCAAGGCAUCGUCAGACAAGUACAAGCAACUGUCCCAGUCGCUGCAACUGAAGGAGCAUGAGCUCGGCCUCAUUGACUCGCGUCUCCAGCUCAACCCCCACCAUCAGCUGAUCGAGAGCAUCAAGGAGAUUGAGAAGCGUAUCGAGGACGACAAGGUGUUGCUCGAGGAGACAAAGAAGCGCGAGAAGGAAUCGCUCAAGAAGGCCGAGGAGCUGGAGAAGGUAAAGAAUAACUUCCAGGACAUCAGGAGCCAGCAGCAGAAGCAGAUCGAGAAGACGCUGGCCGAGACCAAGGAGGCCUUCAACAAGUCCAACAAGGUGGCCAAGGUCGAGCAACAGGGCAUCGAGAAGAUCACUCUGGAGAUACAGGAGCUGGAGACUGAGAUGGCCUCGCUCUCCGACCAGGCACAGGGCAACGAGGGCCACGUCUCCAAGAUCGAGAAGGAGAUCGCCAAGAUGGAGGCGGAGCUGGCCAAAGACCAGGACGAGCUGGACACACUCAAGUCCACAUUGAACCAGAAGAAGAGCAUCAUCAGGAGUCAGAAUGAGAAGUUUGCUCAGGCACAACAAGACAUUGAGAAGAACCAGCAGAAGAGGUCAGAGAAUGAGUUGGAGCUCAAGAAGAUCGAGCACAAGGCAUCCAGAUUCCAAAAGGAUACCAAAGAUGCAGAGAAGUAUAUCCAACAGAUGAACAAUCAAUAUCCAUGGAUCAAGAAUGAUAAGCAUAUGUUUGGAAAGCCCAACAGCGACUACGACUUCAAAGCACAGGAUCCACAAAAGGCAACGGCCAAGUUGCUUCAUCUCCAGGAAGAUAUUGAACGUCUGUCAAAGUCCAUCAACAAGAAGGUCAUGUCUAUGUUUGAGAAGGCCGAACAAGAGUACAAUGACUUGGUAGAGAAGAAGAAGAUCAUUGAGAACGACAAGGAGAAGAUUGAGACGGUCAUCGCAGAGCUUGACGAAAAGAAGAAUGAGUCGCUGAGGACAACAUGGAAGAAGGUCAACAAUGACUUUGGAUCAAUCUUCUCAACUCUGCUACCUGGCACCAAUGCCAAGUUGGAACCACCUGAGGGCCAGUCUGAGCUGGAUGGCCUGGAGGUGAAGGUCGCCUUUGGUAAUGUGUGGAAGGAGACAUUGAGCGAGCUGAGUGGUGGCCAGAAGUCAUUGCUGGCACUAUCGCUCAUUCUGGCGCUGUUGCGAUUCAAACCUGCGCCAUUCUACAUCCUGGAUGAGAUCGACUCUGCGCUGGACCUCUCGCAUACAGCCAACAUUGGAGCGAUGCUCAAAACACAUUUCACCGCAUCACAAUUCAUCGUCGUCAGUCUCAAAGAAGGAAUGUUCAACAAUGCCAACGUCCUAUUCCAGACCAAGUUUAUCGAUGGUGUCAGUGGAGUGAUCAGAACAACUCUGGAACAAAGGAACAGACACAAG